GGACAAACAGCUCCGCUAUGUCUGAGGUUAAAGAAGUAUGAUAAGUCCACUGACUGAUAAAUGUCAAAAACACUUGCUUGUUUUCCUUCUUUUUUCCAGUACACUCCAAUAAAAAUGAAAGAAAAUACGUUGUUAUUCUGCGUUCUUUUCUGGAGCGUCACCUUAUCUGCUGGCAACGAGGAAGGUUUUAUCAGGCUGGUGGAUGGUCAAGAUCUCUCCGAGGGCCGCGUGGAGAUCUUUCAUGACGGAGUUUGGGGGACUGUGUGCGAUGAUAACUGGGACAUACAGGAUGCUCAUGCAGUGUGUCGCCAGCUCAAUUUCCCUCGGGCAUUACAAGCUGUAGAAUCAUCUGCAUUCGGCAGCGGUGAAGGUGAAAUCUGGAUGGACGACAUAGGCUGCAUUGGGACAGAGGCAAACCUGCUCCACUGCACAUUUCCUGGAUGGGGAAUCCAUAACUGUGGUCACCAAGAAGAUGCUGGUGUUAGAUGUGAAAAUCCUGUCGAAAGGGAUCUAAGCCACGAGUAUGAUUUGGAUCACAAUUCAAGUCUCUCUCAUCAGCUGGGCGAGCUGUUUGACAGCCAACGUGACUGUGAUCUGAACAUCACAGUGGUGGUGGACAACAACACUAUUGAGACAAUCUGUGUUCACAAGGUCAUCCUAACUCUGAACCCAGACCUCAGAACUUCACAGCCAGACUUCAGCAGCCUCAGCAUUGACGUCACAUCUGAGUGUAGUCAACACGCCAACAACUUUCUCAGAUACUUCUACACCAGAAAGAUUAAAGUCACACUAUCCUCUGCAAUUUGCAUUCUCAAGAUGGCAUCCAGCUGGGGUCUGACAGAAUUUCAAAAGGAGGCUCCAAAUAUUCUAAAAGUGUUUCUUCCAGAUGAUCCCUCUUUUCAGAGUCAGACCUCUGUCUAUAAGUUUGCAGUUUUAACAGGUAAUGAGGAACUACAGGAUGUCUGCCUUCACUACCUGGCGUGGAACUGUGAGGCGCUGAUCCGUUCCAGAGCCUGGACAAAUCUUCCAUUUGAUCUGGUCAAAGCCCUGCUGUCUCGCUCAGACCUUGUGGUACGUAGUGAAACCAUAAUCCUGAAAGGACUGGAGAAAUGGACGGCAGCCCAAGAUAACACAACUAUUCCUGAGGUCCUUCUGAAGCUCAUCCGUUUUCCAAUGAUACCAUCUGAGGACUUGUACACUCUUGAUGGCUCACAGUACCAUGGCAAAAAGUUGCAUGGGUUUCAGUUUAAUGCCCUGCCCUUCACUACAAUGGUCAAUGACCUGACAGAAGACAAAAAUGUCUACACAUGCAGGAUUUACACUGGCAGCCCAUGGAGCUUUACCUUCAACUACUACCAUAUCAAAGCUUAUGAGAUGCAGGUCACCAGUCUUCCCCAGGGGCUCACUUUUAGUCUGAUAUCUGAUUUCCAAACUCCCGUUCAUAACAGCGCUUGUUUUACUUUUCAGAACGUGCGCUGGAAAACAAGGUUAUAUCUUCAUAAUGAAGACUGCUCAAGUGAAAAUGUCACCUGCCCUUCUUUGCCAGCUGUUAGUUUGAAGAUUGAGGGAAAGAACAGUUCUUUACCCACUGAGAUGAAGGGACGUGUUUAUUACAGCAAUAGGCUUGUUAUUGAGUGUGAAGGGAGGUAUGUUAUCCAUGUUGGUGAAUAUAAUGCUGAUGAUGGUGAUAAUCUCGUAUUUGUCCCAAGCAGAGCAAAACUAAGUUAUCCAUGCCGCUCAGAACUGUUAUCCUACCAUGUGGUGGUACGUCCUCAGUACUCAACUGAUUAGUUUCUGUUUCAACAAGUCAGAAACAGCAAAAGGGCUAGGGACAAGGGCGAAUUAUGAACAGCAUCUUAUCUUUUAAAUAAGUGAAGUAAAAAUGACCAUAAUUACCCUGUAUGUGUGCCUGGCUGCAGUUUCAGUGAUGUGUGGCUCAGUUGUUCAGGGUUAGUAGUUGUGUUUAUGGAGACUGGCCUGGUUUUGUUUCUUUUUGAUUUGUUAUGUGAUGGUGAGAGAAUAAAGCCCACUGUAAGAUUCCUGAUGUUUGGCCUUUAUUGUCUGGAAGUAAGACAGUUUGUGGUAGAAGAUAA